CAUUCACUCAUCCAGAUUCUUUGCUUCCGCUUCAAUCAUUCAUUAUUGUUGCAUUGCCCCCGUCCAUUGAAGCCCCUGCUUUCUAUGCGCCUGAACCUUCCUUCAUCUUUCGACGAAGUUAUACCCCGUCCUAGUCCCGUCACGAUCUCGCACCAGAUCACCCCCCUUCUCCCUCCAUCGCUCGCUGUCUUCUCUAUUUCCGGGUGUCCUGUGCGGCUUGACGCUCACCACGUCAUGUACGCCUUCAACUCCAAGCGCCCGAGAGACCAGGAGCAGGACGACUUUGAGGGAAACGCACUCCGUGAAAAAAAGAAACACCGAUCUCUACCUUUACGCGCGCCCCCGGUUAUUUUCCAGCUCCCACCCUUCGCGCAAAGCAAUCAGCUUGCCUCUCGAUUCGCUUCCUCAACCCUUACUCCGGUGGAAUCCUCCGACGAGGACCGAGACGACAAUGCCUUGGCGGAGACCUGGAAUCGGCAAGCCCAGCAGGGUCCUCAGCAUGUCGCUCCCACACUGAGCGCAGAUAUGGAUGUCGAUGAUGGGAAGGAGCUUCAACACCCGGCCAUCAGUGGGGAUACGCGAUCACCGAUUCCACAGAGACUUGUUGACCAAUCGCUUACCAUCAGCGAGAGGGCCGUCUCACACUCUCCGUACAAUGCCAUCCCCCCCGCGAAGAAUUCCGUGACAAGGGUGGUUUUCGAAAGCUCUGCCUCCUCUCCGCAUCAGGGUGCUCCUAAAGACCCGUACUCGUCCCAGGAUAGGGUCUGGUGGUGCGGACAACGUCUCCCCAGCCCAGUCAGCGACAAUGGGGAUGGCAUGCCUGCGAGCGGCAAAGACUCUGUGAGCGAUGUCGAUAUGUCAUACAACAUAUCCCAGCCAGCGUCCCCUCCUGACCUGCACCAGCCGACGUUCUUGACAGACCAUCCCAUGCCAGAGUACACUCCUGUCUCUCCAUCCAAAAAGAAAACCGCGUUUUCAAUGGGCUAUCGAGCGGACUGCGACAAAUGCCGGCGCAGAGUGCCCGGCCAUUAUAGCCACAUCAUCCGCUGCUGAACAUUCCCGCAUUCCCAUCGUUGCUGUUUCUCCUCCUCCUCUACCUCCUCCUCUUCUUCUCUCUACUCGUUGACUUGAUACCUUGAUGAUACCAGGCGUUUUGGGCGAACAGGUCGCAGGCACAGGCGGCCGGGUUGUUUUAACAUUUGAUUGAUACCCACUGGUUCCGGGGUUGCGGCCGUGGACUUCUGUUACCUAGCAUCGGCCCAGAGCGGCACGAUGAAAAUAUAUGGGAGCAUGCUUGUACAUAGACCAUCAAGCUGAAUUACCCAC